GACGGAGAUUACCGAGCGGAUACGGAAACGUGUCCCAUGCGGAUGAGGAUUUGUCCUGAGGAGGAGGAAAGUUGGGGGUCGGGGAGGAGAGUGGAAGGGCGCCACGAAAAGACGCAGAGAAAACGCGGAGAAGCCAGGGUAUCCGUAACGUUUUGAUGUCUCAGACAGAAGAUGGCAGCUUUGGGCAGGACCCCCUCACGUCCUCUCCUGAGGGCCCCUCAGAUGACCCGGAGCCUCCUGGCAGCGGCCGAGGCCUUUGCCCGGGGUUACGAUUGUGUCUCCAUUUCCUCUUUUCCUGGGGAGAGGCUGAUCCAGGGCCAGGAGGACACGGCCUCCCUUAUCUCUACGGCAACCCUGGUACCUGAGUGUAUAUACAUCCCUCCGGCGGGCUACCAGCUGUUAUCUGAGCAAGAGUUUGCACAGCAGAAGGCGGCUCUGCAGAUCACCACGGAGCGUCUGGAGAAGGUGACGCAGGAGAAGGAGACGUUACAGGAGGCCCUGAGAUGCAGCUCGGAGGAGUGUGCUAACCAGGUGAAUCAGCUACUGGAGCAGAUAAAGAAUUCUGAGGAAAUCCUACAAAGCCUGCAGAAAAACCUGACCGACACGCAGCAGAAGACCGCACAGAAAAUGGCAGCCCUUACAGCCUCCUUCAGCCGCCUGUGUCAGGAGGUGAACUGUCUCAGUGAGGAGAACGAGAAGCUACGGACACUAAGUUUACAAGUUCCUCCCCCAGGACAGACCUCACAGGUUUCCUCUCCUCAGAGAGCCGCACAGCACAGACAGGAGCGACUGUGUAUCGAGAUCGUCUCCCUGCAGGAGGAGCUGAAAGCCGAACAAGUGGCCAAACAAGAUCUGGAGGAGCAGCUGAGGAGGGCGAAUGAUUCCCACACCGAGGAGAGGGCCACCCUCUCCAGCCUGAGGACAGAGAUGGAGCGGAUACAGCAGGACAGGAAGCAGGCCGAGGUUCAGCUGCAGGAGUCGGAGAGUCAGGUCCAGAAGUUGUGGGAGUCUGCUGGAGACCAGGAGAAGAUUCUGCAGAAAGAGCGGGAGGAGAAGGCCUCUCUCGAGCUCGCCCUGAGCGAUGAGAGGAACAAGGUGUUAAGAUUACAGGCCGAGCGCAAAACCACUGAGGAGGUGCAAAGGGACUUUGUCCGGUUAUCACAGACGCUGCAGGUCAGCUUGGAGAAGAUCCGACAAGCUACUUCUAUGAAGGACGUCCACGACAUAUUGGAAGCGACUUGUCUCACAGAUGUCAGCCGGCUGAGCGACACCUGACGGUCACCAUUCACAUUGUGGAGGAGCGGCGAUGACAUCGGAGCACAUGUUGUAUACUGUGUAUAUAGAGUGUGAUAUAUAGGACACUAACCAGUAGUGAGGAACGUAAGCACCGCGUCCUCAUAGAUUCUAUAACAUUACUGAUCUGCACUGGGAAAACUGGAAUAGAAGAGAACGUGUUAUUUUAUGUUACUAAUGGCCACUUACUGCUCAUAUACUUUAUUAAAGCCUCUUUUAU